AUGUUACUCAUAAACAAGAAUUAUCGAAACAAUUUUAUCGAUGAAAAGCUCCAAGCUGCUCUCUUACCUCUUAACCUUUUUCAAAACAUAUUCUUCCAAUCCAAAUAUACAAUCAAAAAUAAUUUUGUAUAUCCCAAAAGUUAUAUGUAUAAUAUUGUAUCAUUUAUAUUCAUAGUUCUCCUUUUAUAUUGCCACUUUUUUCAUAUGAGAAUUGAAGAUGUUUAUUUCAAAAGAAUGUUCGAGAACUAUAUUAACAUUAUAGAAUCGUUUGAUUUAUUUAAAAUAAUUUUUCAGGUACCAAGUACAGGAAUUCUCCUAGAGAUAUACGUCUUAGGGUGGAUGGUUAAAAACCUUUUACUUCUCAGUUUAUGCGUUAAGGAAUGCGAAGAUUUCUAUACCAAUGUAAUAGAGGCCGAAGUACAGUGCAUGUUACAUUCCGAAAAUAAUGAGUGCGAAGGUAUGAAGACGUUAUAUAAAAAUGUUCGUAGAUUAAACAGAGCCAAGUACAGCAAGAUGACAGCUUGUCGAAUCUUCACAGUGGACGCGGUCCUGCCCUUACGUUGCAUUGAUAUAUUCGCUGUUUACACUAUUGUCCUAUUGCAAUUUGCCUUUCAAUCAAAUAAAUAA